AUGAGAUUAGGAGAUAGGCAAUCCUUAGAUCAGAAGAACGAAGCCAUAGCCCUCAUGGAACAAGCCGGAUGUGAUAUCACUCAAGCUUGUGGAAAUACAGAGUGGCCGAAAUUACAACAGGUAUUAGCUCCACAGUAUCGUCUGAAAAUAUUUCAGUUCAAAUCUACUUCCACUAAACUCUGUUUUGAGCGCAUCUUCAAAGGGUGGGGAGAUGGAACUUGUUUGAACAUUUUGUUAGACAACCGUCAUUGCGAUGCCAUCAUAUCGAUGGCCGGAGUAACGGGGAACCCCUACUACUGUGAUCAUUGCGACGUGGGGUACAGUCAUGUCACAGACCAUCGCUCCAAAUGUCCUCAUCGCUGUACCUUUUGUUUAGGACAUAACCAUAAUUGUCCCGAUGAAGGGAUCAAGAUUAAAUGCCAGGAAUGCCAUGGAAUGUUUAAGAACAGGACCUGCUACGAAGAUCAUUUAAAACCCCAUGGUAAGAAGACCACCACCACUACUGUCUGCAAUUUAAUGGGGUUAUGCGAGAAGUGUCAGUCCUGGAUACCUAAGAAAUUAUUUCCUCAUCACAAAUGCGGAGAUCAGAAACUGUGUAAGAUCUGUAAGAAAAUCGUCGAUGCCGAUCAUCGGUGCUACGUUCGACAGAAGCCCAAGAAGAAGAAGAAGGGAAAAGGCACCUUAGAAUUUUACAUUUAUUUCGAUUUCGAAUGCACUCAGGAAUCGGGCAUUCACGUCCCUAAUCUGUGUGUCACAUCCCGUCUGUCAACAUUACGAUGA